AGCGCAUAUUAUUGUAGUGAGAGAGAGAGAGCCGCAACUUUGUAUUCUCGAUACCCUGUUCUGUAUUUCUAAACCAUUCUCGGUAUUGAAUCAAAGUUGAUCUUUUCUACUCUAUUCUAUAUUUCAUAUGAUUGUUAGAUGAAAUAGGGACCAACAAUUGGUAUCAGAGCUGAGCGUGAAAUCGAUUGAAGAAUCUCUGCAAUUUCGGAUCUACUGUUGACGUUGAAGACAAGCUUCUCGACAAUCUGAGUUUAUGCGAUUGUUUUUGUUUGAUAAAGCAGCAAUGGACAUGAAUCUGUGAUUUCAGGGCGUUUUCGAUCAGAAUCUGAGAUAUAGCAGUCCAGAAUUCCGUUUCUGUGUUGUUCGAAUUUUUUUGUUUUUCGCAUGUGGUUCUCGAGCUUUAGGUGCGACAACAGGUUCUCGAUAAGCUCUAUCGAAAAGAGUUUCGCGAACAGGUUCUCGAUAACUUUCUCGAAGAACAGGUUCUCGAUAGGAACGACAGCAAGUUCUCGAUAGGGACUUCUCGAUAGGAAGUUUUCGACAGGAAGUUUUCGAUAAGCACUUCUCGAAGUACAGGUUCUCGAUAGAUUGCUUCUCGAAAGAAAUUUCUCGAACUGCAGCUUCUCGGGUUGAACUUCUCGAAGCCAAUAUCGAAAAGCACUUCUCGAGGUUGAGUAUCGAAAAGAGUUCUCGAGCUUAGGAAGGCAAAGCUUUAAGUAAAAAAAAAAAGGAAAGAGGGGCAAAAAUUGUCUUUUGAGACCCGCUGAAUUUUACGGCUAUCGUGUCCGCAGGUCGCCCGCGCAGGGGGGGUGCGAAUUUUCGAUUCUGAACUGAAAGCCGGAAUUCUUGUGUGCGCGAGAGCUCCCCUCUUCUCAUUCACCUUUUAAUACUAAGGGAGGAGUAGUUCAUAUAUAAAGGCUCAAAAGUUCUCUAAGAGUUUAGGUGUGGGAAAGUUAAAGAAGUCUACUUUCCACCCUUGUUUGAAAGUGUACACUUUUCAUCUAUUUUUUCCAAGAGCUAGUUUGAGCCACUUUAAACUCCAAAGUCCAAAACUCCAACACCAAAGGUGAACCUUACAACCAAAGCUUCCAAGAGUCAACCUUGAGAUUUAAAAAAAAAAAAAAAAAAAAAUCAAUUCAUUAAAAAAAAAAAAUCUCAAGGUUAAGGCUAUUUUUCUCAAGGACCAAGCUACACUUCAAGGUCCGGAAAUUUGCAGAAACUUCAAUCAACCUCACGUCUACGGUCAACAUUCAACAAUCAACAAUGGAUACCUCCAACUCAUCAUUGUGUAAGAAUCAAUGUGCUGAAAUUUCUGAUAAGCUAGAGGUAAGGCAAUCUGACAGUCAACAAAUUAUCAAGCAAUUGGAAGAGAGAUUAGCAAACAAUCACCGAGUCUUACUGCAGCAGCUGGAUAAGACUACCUCACUCACCAUACAAUUGGAAAAUGAAAAGGAAAUUGUUAAGAAGCGAACUUUGGAAAUAGAACAUCUCACACAAAAGGUAGCUGAAUUGACUAAAAAGGUAAGUGACACUGAAUUAGAACGAAACGUUGCAAAAGCCGAAAAUGAUUUUCUACAUGAAAAAAGAUGUACUCUUUACACGAAAAUCAAAGAAUUAGAAGAUCUACUUGCCAAGAGAGGACAGACAGAACAAACCAUUUUUCUCAAUCAGAACAAAGACACCCGCUUUUAUAACUCUAAGGAGGGUCUUGGUCUCACUAACCCCAAUAAUUUGAAAAAGGUGGAUUGUAUUCAACUUUAUGACAUAAAUUAUAUGGGGUUAGGGUUGACUAAGUUGAUGGCUUUUACCUAUGGAAAGGAAACAUCAGAAGAAGAAGAAGAAGAGGUAAAGCGAUCAAACCCUUCUAGAGCAGAAAUUCCUUUCAACUAUGAUUCUUUGAACAAAAGCUAUGAAACUGCUGAACCUGUUUUCUCAACUGAUGAGAGUGUGAGUCCUUAUCCUUCUGAGAAGGAAGUUGUGUCUGAUCCAGAGUCCCCUUCAACCUCAGGUUCUUGUGAAGAAGAACCUUAUAUCCCACCACUGAUCAGAAAAUUUGAAAACUUACACAUUUCUUUAGAAAAUCAAAGAAAAAGUUUUGAAGAAGAGAGGAAAAGCUUUGAAAGUGAAAGGGAGAGGUUGUUGAGAGAACUGACUCUUUUAAAAGAAAACUCUCAAUCUGGCACAACUUCCCAAUCAUCUAGUGAUACAGAUUCUUCUCGAAAAAUUCUGAACGAAACUAACAUUUUCAAAAGGCCGCCCACUCACUCCACGUCUCCUUUGAAAACGGGAAAUGAAGUGAGUAGGAGACUGGAGAGGAGAAGAGAGUGGAGGCUGAAGAGAGCUGAAAUAGCUGAAGGAAAGAAGAAAAUGAAUUUUGUUGAAAAUAAGAAGUCUUGUUCUAGUGCUGCUUUUUACUCAAAUAAAAGUACAUUUAGCUCAGUCACACACCAUUCUUCUCAGUCUUUUUCUAAUGACUCUAGAUCUGUGUUUUCUCAUUCUAGUGCUGAGGUUAGAAAGCCUGAAAAACUUAAGCAAAAGGCUAAGGAUGUCAAACCUCAUUGUUAUGUGAAUGAUGGCAAAUCGAAAAAGAAAAGAUUUGAAGCUUCAACCUAUACUGUUUGUGAUGGUGUUUGCCUGACUUAUCCCCUCCAGGUUUAUUCAGCUAAACACCUGAAACGGUUAUCAAGGGAGAAAAUCUUUACUUCUCGGAAAUCUGUUCCAUCAUUCACCAGCGCUGAAAAUUCUCAUACACCUGCAAUAACUCAAAAAUGGGUUCCUAAAUCAGAAUCCCAGUCAUAUAGCUCUCCAAAAGCUUCAAAAGAGACUGGUUUAGGAACUAAAAUAAAGCAAAAAUUUCAAAAUUUCUUUUGUGCUAAAAGGGAUGGACCCACCCUGAAAUGGGUACCAAAGGUUUCUUAACCUUUUGCAGGUCCGUCAUGUGUGGUAACUGAACUGAUUGCUCCACAUGCAUGGCGGGUAUGAAGACGAGCUGUGAGCAAUCAACUGGUGCACAUUAUGAAGGGGAGUAUUGGCAUGUAUACUACCUCAACGAGCUGAAAAUCAAGAAAUGCACACCUCAACGCCAACACAUGCCAAGAACAAACAACAAGUGAUUAUUCUGAGGGGGAGUGUUUCUUUUUCACUCCUCCUGGUGCCUAACAACGAAGAAAGCACAUUCCAAGGGGGAGUUUUCCACUUUACUCCCUGGGUGAUCAACAACACCUUAAACAUUCUGAGGGGGAGUUACAUUUUUCUCCUCCUGACGCCAAUCAAGGAUCAAUGCAAGACAACCCAAGAAAGUCAUAAGCGAAUCAGCUAAAGUCCCCCAGGUGUAUCUCUAGCAAUUUUGGAUAACACUUGGCAAGGACGCUGAUGAGGAUGAUAAUGAGAUAGAUGACGUGCUGACCGCCACUAUCAAGGACACCAAGGUCAUGAUUACCAAAGAGUUGAUGCACCAAGUGCUGCACUGGCAAACACAUCGGCUUCGACUAGUGCAACAUCUACCAUUUGGUUGUCUUCCAUGAUGGUUUUCACUACUGGUGUGACGCUUCUCCAAAACAACUCCAUCCAUCCACUGUAGACUACCAACGGAGAACGUCAGCAAGUAUCUCCAAAAGAUGACUAAGGAUUCAACGCUUGUACCUCUCUUAAUACCAGUGUCUCUGUUGCAGUUAGCUGAUCCGAAUGAUCCAUCUGUCCGACACUACUGCCAGAAGAAUAACACUAUACUCCCUAUGGCUCAGAUAAACCCCCCUGAGCCUACCCAAGGGAGUCAGCCGAGCGCAAGUGAGGGUCCUGAGAGUUGAACCCAGCCACGUAGACCAGUGGCAGUCCGGCCCCAUGAUGAUCAGACUACGUCUGCUGAGGGCCACCCCCGAGUUGCUGAGGAGACUACCUAUGACUCGUCUAGCGCAGCCAGACCAUAAAACGCUGAUGAUGAGGACUCCGGGAGCAAGGCUGAAAAGAGCGACAACAAGAAGGGUGGUGAGGACGACAAUCAUGCGGACAACAACGCAAAGAAAGCCAGGAAAGCUCAGGUACAAAAAUGUUGAUUCAAUAUCAAGCUUCCUACGGCUGCAGAUGAAGGGGAGUCUUACUUGAGAAAGAAUACUCAAGGACAGAUUACCAGUGAGACUCGCUCUAAAUAACAUCAUGAUGUCCUCUCUUCAUCACUCACUCCUACACAAAGAGUGCAAACAUCAAGAAGCCUAGCUGAAGAAACCUAGAUGUUACAAACCGGGCUAACCCCAUAGGCACAGAGACUGAUCUUUUCAGUCUCCGGGUAGAAGACGCAGCAUCCAGCCCAACUGCGCAUACACAAGCCUCCCCUAGCCACUCUGCUACCUCCCAAUAGGUAGUAGUUUCAAUAUCAGGGGAUCUCAUACCCACCUCUCCGCCCCCUUUCGGAGCAGUCGAGGAUAUCUAUAGUGACCAUCAGCCCUAGGUCACUACCCCUCCUUCUACCACUUUGUGUCUAGGUGUCACCCUCCAAAAUUUUCCAAUUUUUCUAGGACAUGUACACUUUUCACACCACCGCACUCUACAGGUCCACUCUACCUGUCAACAACGAUCGGAGAUACUUCAAUGAUGAUCGGAAGUCCUGCUGCUCAACAGAUAACUCAAUCAUUAUAUGCAGGCCACACACCGGUUAUCUUUACCAAUGUUGUGACAACGGUUACUACCCCUGUAACCGGAAACCCUGACCCUACCGACCUUUCUGUCAUUCUGCAGCGCUUCUUGUAUUCCACCAUUAAGCCAUGGGUGCACGAAGCAAUAACCGCUUAGGCACAGGAAUUCAGGACCAACCCGGCGCUUCUUAAUGACAUCAUCCAAACUCUAACUCAACCCUCAUCCUCCCACUCCCAAUAACAACUCACUCCAAUCCUUACCCUAUCCCAUUUGACCAUUUACCAUGCCAUUCGAUGACCUAGCAUCCAUUAUGCUAGCGAGAAUUCUGGAAACCAAAGAAGCUCCACUCACUGACAAACAAAGAGCUCUUAUUGUGGUACUUGAAACCUAAAGCACAUGCAAUGACAGUCUCCGCGGUCACAAACGUUCACAUGAGGACCCUGAUUAUUCGGCUCCUCAUGAGGGGGAGAAUAAGAGGCAACGGAUACUCGAGCAUGGUGCUUCAUCUAGCCAAUAACCCCAACCUGAACUCUCAAACAACCAAGCUAAAUGCAAGAAUUCUCUCGAGGAUGCAGAUUUUGAGGGGGAGUUUUCAAUGUUCUCCUCCCAAGCGCCAAUUAUCAUCAAAGGCAUCCUACUGAGUUUUUCAAUGUUCUCCUCCCAAGCGCCAAUUAACAUCAAAGGCAUCCUACUGAGUGCUACAGUUGAGGGGGAGUACAAAGAGAAAAGAGCAAAGAGAAAUGAGAGACAAGUCCCAAUGGCUUAGUAAACCCAACUAAGCCUACCCAAGGGGCAAAGCCGAGAGUGCGUGGGUAACUGAGUGAACACUAUGAGAGUGAGGAAGCAGAAGGCUCUUGUGAGCGAGAAAACAAUAAUCAAUGACAUGUCUGCUACCUCAAUUGCGCUUUCAAUUGAGAGAAUUACUCCCAGUCACUCAAAUAAUCCGGACAAUUCCCCAUAGGUUCAGGACUGAAUUUAUUCAGAUCCCGGGUAGAAGUCGCUGCAUUUUGUCCAAACGGCGCAUGCACAACCCUACCCUAGACCACUCACUUGUCUCCCAACAGACAUGUGCUUAAUCAUAUUUCACGGGGAACCUCAUCUAUUAUUAUUGUCUCCUUCCGAGGCAAGUGAUACUGACUACAGUGGCCUCAGCCCCAUGCCACUGAACUUUCAUUGAUCACGUCGUGUCUAGUUAUCUCACUCCCAAAUGUUUUGAAUUUUUUUAGGACACAGACACUUUUUAGAGUCAGUUGCAGGUCUUCAUGACCCACGAGAACUUCCAUAGGGCUCAUCUACUUUAGAUGUAGACCAAUGAUUGGAAGGAAGUCCUGCUAUUGCAACAUAGAAAUCACCAACAUGUUCAGGCCAUCGCUCUAGAGUUUAUCUCUAUAGUGAUGAUAACGGGUGUCUACGCGACCCCGGGGGGCUACCACUUUCUUUGCUGAUCUUUAUGAUUAUGCCAUAACAACUAGAGUGACAUCUACUUCAGAUGCUUCACAAUGACUGGUUGGAAGUCCUGUUAGAACUUUAUUGCUUCUAUCAUUUUACACAGGCCACACAUCGGUGUUUACAUUGAUGUUGUGAUAACGGAACACUAUGGUGUAUCCGGUUUUUAUCUUAUUUUUCUUUUCGUUUUUGUUUUCCAGAAUAAAAGAAUAAAGGCAUGACGCCCCGAAUCAUCGGAUCGUCAUGAGGGGGAGAGUGGUCCACAUGCUGUUCACUGUCAACAAAUCAUUGUUGGACACAUCUCUCCUCCAUCACAAAAAUCAACAACGGCUCUCUAUUCUCUUAAAUCAUCAGAAAUGCCAAGACAGCUUCAAAUCAAAUUGUCAGCUAUACCCAGAAGUUAACCAUCUCUUUUCGGAAUGCGACCGAUGAGAUCUCCUCAAAAGCAAUCUUUUUCCGCUGUGCCACCUACACAAUGGAGGAGACAAAGGUCGGGUAAUCAAAUUUGAAGAUGAAUCCCAUGCGCGCCUGGAAAUCAACCGAACACAUGCUCCAAAGGCGCCGUCAGAAUUCAUUCAAGCUGAUCAAGAGCAACUUCUAGAAGGCAAGGACUACAAGCAAGACUUUGAAGAUUCCUCAAACCCCGACAUCAAAGAACAAAUUGCCAAGAAGACAUCAAAGGGGAGAUUGCAAGGAUUUCUUCAGAAAGCCUUCUCAAGAAGCUGAGUUCAACACAAAGACAAAGGAAGCUGAGCUGCACUGAAGAUCAAGACAAAAGAGGAGCAACUCAACCAAUCUUAUCUACGCUCUCCUCUACAUUGCUGAAUAAACACAAAGACAAAGAUAUUCGCGCUACAAUGCUGAUUGAACAUGAUUGAACACCAAGGGGGAGAUUGUUAGGACUUUUUCUGGUGUCCAAUCCUGAUAAAUAUCUUUGUAUUUGUGUAGCUAUUUUGUCUAGAUAUUUCAGCUAUUAUUAGACUAGCUUUCUUAGGAAAUGUGUAAAGUGUGCUAUUGGGCCCAAUCAAUAAAAGAGCCCAAUCAUGCUUAGGUCACAUCACAUAUUCCCUAGGCAUAUAAAUAUUGCCUUUAAGGGAAUGUGCAAAAGGGGCUUUUACAGAUUAUUCAGCGCAUAUUAUUGUAGUGAGAGAGAGAGAGCCGCAACUUUGUAUUCUCGAUACCCUGUUCUGUAUUUCUAAACCAUU